AUGCAGACAGCUUUGGCGGCCUUAUGUUAUUUUUGUGAAAAUCAUGGACCUAGAGUAGUUUUUACCUGUCAACCUAUGCGAACUUCUGACCUGGAUUUGGAAGGACUAGAAAAGGCAAAAUGUUCUUCUAAUUUUGAUGACUCCACCUUCUCUUUGGACGGUAUACCCUAUUUUUGUAAUGACCUUUAUGGUGGUAAUGAAAUUGUAGAUGAUGAAUUGAGAUGUGCAGCUUGUUCUUCUUUUGCUCAAGGAAUGGGGCUUUUGUCUGAUACUAGUGAUGAAGAAAUUAGUUAUGUUAGUUCUCAGGUUCCAAUCAAUGAACGUUUAAAUCAAAUACUCAAGCAGGCUAGUUUACGUUCACUCAGUGUUGAGGUCUCUGCCCCAUUUGUUGCAGCUAGUACAUCAUCUCAAUCUUCCCCUCAAUUGACUACUUCUUCGACUAAUUCUUCAAAUUCUCAAAAGGAUAAUGAUGAAAUUUUCUUUGGUUAUUCAACAAGUGACUCCGAACAUGAUGGUGUUGUUCUUUUUGGUGACGAUGAAAAUUGGUAUACUCUCUCUUACACUUUUAGGUUUUUCUUUUUAAUUUUUCGACCCUAUCCCAAAAGAAGGGUCGAAUCGUUUUUUUCCUUACUUUUUAUUACUUUAUAA